AGCACUUGCAGCAAGAUGGAUGUGGGCAGCAAAGAGGUCCUGAUGGAGAGCCCGCCGGACUACUCCGCGGCUCCCCGGGGCCGAUUUGGCAUCCCCUGCUGCCCGGUGCACCUGAAACGCCUUCUCAUCGUGGUGGUGGUGGUGGUCCUUGUCGUUGUGGUGAUUGUGGGAGCCCUGCUCAUGGGUCUCCACAUGAGCCAGAAACACACGGAGAUGGUUCUGGAGAUGAGCAUCGGGGCUCCGGAAGCCCAGCAACACCUGGCCCGGAGUGGGCACCUGGGUACCACUGCCACCUUCUCUGUUGGCUCCACUGGCCUCGUGGUGUAUGACUACCAGCGGCUCCUGAUCGCCUACAAGCCAGCCCCUGGCACCUGGUGCUACAUCAUGAAGACAGCUCCGGAGAGCAUCCCCAGUCUUGAGGCGCUCACUAGAAAAGUCCAGAACUUCCAGGCCAAGCCCGCAGUGCCUACCUCUAAGCUGGACCAGGUGGAGGGGCGAGAUGCAGGCUCAGCACCCUCCAGAGGGGACCUGGCCUUCCUGGGCAUGGCCGUGAGCACCCUGUGUGGCGAGGUGCCGCUCUACUACAUCUAGGACUCCUCAAGUGAGCAGGGUCAGUGGAAGCCCCAGGGGGACAGGAAACGCCCUGGGCAAAGGGUCUUUUGCAGCUUUUGCAGACGGGCAAGAAGCUGCUUCUGCCCACAACGCAGGGACAGGCCCCGGAGAAAUUGGAGUUUGGGUAGAGGAUGGGAGCGGGCAGAGGUGGUGCCCAGGGGCCCUGGAACUCCUGCCACAACAGAAUAAAGCAGCCUGAUUGAAAAGCAAA